AUGGCAUCAGACCCGCUGUUUGGCUGGGAUUUAACAUUCAAAACAAUUGAGAGGGAUAUAAAAAAACAGUCUGACAUAAUAAUUGCUUUUAUUCACUGGAAUUUAACAAGGAGGGGUUUUCGAAGCAUCGGUUUAAGUGAUGAGAGAACAAUCACUGGCGAUGAACCUAAAAGUGAGCUACUUCCUGAAGGAUGGAACGACACUGAGAACUACAGAAUAAGAUAUGUUCUCGAAUCUAAACUCUAUAUUCUGCAUGGCUUAAACACUGAUGGAAAUUUAAUUGUAAAUUUAAUGAGAUCUGAAGACCUUGCUGUUACGAACAUAGGUGUAAAGAUAGACGAAAUACUGAAAGAAUCAAAUGGAACCAUAGACGUCAUGAUGCCGAAUUACAAAGAUUUCAUUUUUGUUAUAAAGCGAGAUCUAAUUGAUAGCAUCACAGACAAGCCAACAGCUACUUCGGAAACACAGACUGCAUCAGAUCAUUCAAACACUAGAAGGCCUUCAGAUGAUCCACUGAGAAUUCCUCCCAGACCCAGACCCGGAGUUAAUCCCGAUUCACAAGAUCUAUGGGCAGUUCCUCCUGGCCGUAACGUUGGCCAUUCAGAUCUCGAUCCGUUCUCUCCUUUCGGGGGUGGAAUGAUAUUUAACCCGUUUGCUCCACGUCGAGACAUUGAGAACCCAGGCCUGGGUGUUCCAGGUGGAUUGCCAAGAGCAGCGGUUCCCCCCGGGGCACGUUUCGAUCCGUUUGCGCCCCCCGGUGUUGGUGAACCCAUCCCGGGAAGAAGGCCACCUCCUGACGCUGAUCACCUUCCACCUCCAGGAGGCUUUAAUGAGAAUAUGUUCAUGUAAUCUGUGUUCUGGAGAAUAUGCGAUAAUGUAAUAUAUACUAUUACACAAACACUUAUCUAUGUAAUAAAAAUGUUAUACAAAUUAAA